GCACGUGCCUCUGCGCCGUUUUGCUGUGUGCGAUACUUGAUUUCGGAGGGGGGCGUUAUUGCACGCGCGCUCACAAUAAGCUUCUGUUUGCGUCACAGAGUGAGUAAUAAGAGGCCGUGGAACGACCCUCCCUAUGAGGAUCUCGCCAAGGAAGGUUUGACAAUCACACGACCAAGCCACAGGACCGGUCUCCAAAAGCGAAACAAAGAGCAGGAACUUAUUCGCUGCGUGCGAGAGCAGAAAAGAAUAUGCAGCAGCGGCCGUGCUCCUGAGAGAGAGGGCCUCGAUCAUCGGGCAGCCUCCACUGUCCUUGGAAAGAGGGCCGUGUGGUCUUAUCGGCACGAGCUCCGCGCCUUAUCGGCCGAACAAGCCUGCGUCGCAGAAAGCCAACAUCAUGAACGGAACGGAAGAGACCUCAACUGUUGCGGUCCGGUGACGGCGAAGCUACCAGUGACGACGUCUUGGUCCCUUCCCCUGGGCACCCUCAGACGGCGACUCCUAGGAGACUAAUUACCACGGUUACAGAAUGUCGGACGCACUUGCGGAGCCAAAACUGCUUCGCAUCCACCACAACGGUUCGACGCCACCGCCGCACACAACUGCUUCGGUCACCAACUCGGAGAUACAGGAAAAGAACAAGAAGUUCACGGUGUACAAGGUUGUUGUGACUGUAGACGGGCAUUCGUGGUUUGUGCUCCGGAGGUACAAUGACUUCAGCAAGCUUCUGGACAUUAUCAAGAAGCAGUUUCCUGGCUGCCAUCUCAAGCUUCCCGGCAAGAAGCUCUUCGGGAACAACUUUAGCCCCGACUUCAUCCGGAGUCGGCGUCAAGGACUGGACGAGUUCAUCCAGAAGCUUGUCACGGACGAGAAGCUGAUGCAGAACCAAGACGUCAGGGCCUUUCUCAAUGUUGACAAGAACUUGAGCAUCAAAGAAGCGGCCGAGGAAGAGGAGAACAAUGGUCAAGGUGCCGAGGCUCCUGAACCGGUUGACCUUGGCUCGACAGAAAAACCACAUGUAAAGCCGAGUGAUUUCGAGUUCCUCAAAGUGAUCGGCAAAGGCAGCUUUGGACGAGUAUUGUUAGCGAGGCACAAAGUGGAGAAGCAGUUUUAUGCUAUUAAGGUGCUGCAGAAGAAGAUGAUCCUCAAGCGUAAUGAGCGCAAUCACAUAAUGUCCGAACGGAACGUGCUCCUGAAGAACCUGGACCACCCGUUCCUCGUGGGGCUGCACUACUCCUUCCAGACGCCCGUCAAACUCUACUUCGUCCUGGACUACGUCAAUGGCGGAGAGCUCUUCUUUCACCUUCAAAAGGAAAGAACAUUUGCAGAGCCCAGAGCUCGAUUUUAUGCUGCCGAAAUCACGAGUGCUCUUUCAUACUUACAUUCUCAAGGAAUAGUGUACAGAGAUCUGAAGCCGGAAAACAUCCUGCUCGACGCACAGGGUCAUGUCGUACUCACCGACUUUGGCCUCUGCAAAGAGGGUAUCAGGGAAAAGGAGACCACGAACACAUUCUGUGGAACACCUGAGUACCUGGCCCCGGAGGUCCUCCGGAAGGAAGCUUAUGACCGCACAGUAGACUGGUGGUGCUUGGGAGCUGUGCUGUACGAAAUGCUUUACGGCCUGCCACCAUUUUACAGCAGGGAUACGGUGGAAAUGUACGACAACAUCCUCCACAAGCAGCUGCGACUGCGCACAAACAUCUCUGCAGCGGCUCGAGACAUUCUCGAAAAGCUCUUGCAGAAAGAGAAGCGGUUGCGCCUGGGUAACACUGAUGACGGCAACGAGGUGAAGCGACACGACUUCUUCAACCCGAUCAACUGGCAGGACUUGGAAGCCAAGCGAAUACCUCCACCAUACAAGCCGAGCCUGUCUGGAAUAAUGGACAUGAAAAACAUAGAUCCCGAUUUUGUCAAGGAACCAAUUCCUGCUUCCGUCGGCAAGUCUCAAACGCUCAGCGCGAGCGUCCAAGAUGCGGACACGGCGUUCAUUGGUUUCUCGUACGCGCCUCCGCUGGACAUCAAUGCCUCCUGAAGCAGAGUCGUGCGUGCAAGGCUUCCAGGGACUCGUCUUCGACGAACGAAAUUCCCACUGUUGUGCUUUGCAGUGCCUUUCCCUUGCGUUUUGUCGCGUUUGCGUCAAUAUUUGUUCACAAACGUGCACCGCCACAUUGCCUGGUGUGCCCGUCUUUGCCCGACUGCCACGAAAUACUGCUGCCUGUUCUUGCAAUACUUAACGUCGUAGCAUCAAAUACACGCAAAAAUAGCGAAGGGUCGGUAGUGUUUAUCCCGCGGACUGCGAAGUGCAGUGCUAUCAGCAGCCGGUUGCUAUCAGUCCUGCUCGAACGUAUAAUCCCAAGUGCUUUCCCAGCUUUAGGGGAGCUGUGUUUUGCAGGCCCAGAAAAACAUGAUGCAUCAUUCUGCUGCCAACGCCUUUCUCUCUUUUACGUAAUGCAUCAGGUCAGAAAGGAUGUCGAGCUUGUUUCUUAUGCCUUCCUUCCCUGUGCCACAUUGAUGUUCAUGUUGUCACCAUGUUCCUGUCAUACUCAAGGCUUCAAGAAAAGCGUUUCGUUGCUGCUUUGUUCAAUAGAGCGACCGACUGUUCGCAUCUAUUUAGGUAUUGAUUGCAGUGUGCAUACGGGUGUGCAGUUGGUUCAUGCAUAAUGCAGCUUUUGAACAUUUGAGAAAGCGCAAGUUUGUCACGACGCGAUAUUGAGUGAUGAAAAAAAGGCCAAGAUGUCCUUCCCUCUUCCAUGCCACGUGGCUCUCGCAUCACUUAUUUGAGUCAUACUUGUAUUUUUUGUUGUUGUUACAUUUCAUUUUGCAUCACAUCUGUCAAAGUACUAUGUCAACCAAGUGUCGAGAUAUUCCCCAGAAUCUGAUUAACCAGGAGGCGAAGAACUGCCAUGUUUCCACGCAACAUUUGGAAACACUUACCUUUGAAGCUGUGAUUACUAUGUCAGUCUUGAGGGCUGGCUGUCUGGCGAUCUGUACUUUAAGGACCAACGAAUUUUUUACCGAACUGACCAAAAUUGUUGGGGACCAGCAACGUCUGCCUUGCGCGGCCUGUCUGCACGCAGCCGUGCUUAUGCUAGUGAUCUAUUUCCUUAGAGCCUUGGCUAGUCUUCCAUACACUUACGGAGUUUUGCAUCGACCGUUGUAUGCAAAGACACGAGCUUUUGUUAAUUUGAGUAUAUUCUUUGUGUGUUGAGAGUGAAUUUGUUUUUACAUUGUGCUCUUGCGAGGGUAUGUCCUGACAUCCACCGAUACAUAUGGUGGUAAUACUACCUGAAUUUGCCGGGCCUAUGAUGUCUGCCUGAAACACAUUGGGUGAAUUUUGCUGCAGUGUUUUGAGGAUACUGUUAGCUUUGUGCAACAUUGUGUGCCCAUGGUAAAUUGAAGCUUCCUGAAUUGUUCCAAAUUUAUUUCGUAAAUAAUCACAACAGUCUUUUGGAUGGCGAGCUAACUAGAGUUUGUCGUCCAACCAAACUUUCUGGAAAAGCCUUGGAAGGCGAGCAAUUUUUGCUACGAAAUGCCUGUGCAUCACUUGGAAGCAGUUUACGAAUUCAUGGCGCAGGUUAUUGCCAACGCGUAAAGUUGCGGAAGACUGUACCUGUUCGGCUUGACACAAAUUUUUAGACUUUUCUUCGUGGCAUGCACUUGUAACAGCGCUCGAAAGGCAAGUAAGACAAGAACCGAUGAAAUGCACAGGUCAGUUGAUGAAAUUUUCGUCUUUCAAACUUAUGCAUAUUGACAAUUCGAUUCAAGAUAUAUUUUAAGCGAUGGAUUAGCUGCGCAAUCUUUUUAAUCAAUGCAGUCAGGAAGGCUUUAUUACCACCAAUGAGCAAUCUAGUAUGCACACGAAUCUUCUUGCUGCCUCAGACGCUGCUUCAAGCUGUCGAGAUAGCGCAUGCUGUGCCUUACAUUCUUAUCAAGUAUGCGGAAAGAGUGCCAUAUUUGGUUGCAGUUGUGUUUUUGUUGUGCUGUGUCGAGAGAAAACACUUUUGUACAGUUAUUUGAUACUAUGAUAUUAUGUAAACAACCUAUAUACUGCUGGCAACUUGUUUUUCUGUGAAGUAUUUUGUUGUUUUUACAUGAUUAUUAAAAUGUUUUGAAUUUCGGUCAGCA